AUGACCAAGAACUUUGAUAUUACAAUCUUUGGGGCAACUGGAUUGACUGGAAAGUACAUUGUUGAACAAGUUUACGACCUUGCUACUAAACAACCUAGUGCAUUUCCGUCUGGAUUCACGUGGGCUAUUGCAGGACGAGCUGAAGGCAAACUAAAGGAAAUUCGACAAGAACUAAGUGAUAAAUAUCCUAAUGCAAGUAUUCAACCACCUACUGCUCUGGUAGCAAAUAUUGUACGACGAGAACAAUUGGAUGAUAUGACUUUACAAUCAACUGUUUUAAUCAAUGCUGUGGGGCCAUUCCGAUUUAUGGGAGAAUAUGUCGUACGAUCUUGUGUUGAACAACAGUGUCAUUAUGUUGAUGUUACAGGAGAACCAGAAUUUGUCGAACGUAUGCAACGAACAUAUCAUAAACAAGCAGUAGACAAACAAGUUACUAUUGUACAUUCUUGUGGAUUUGAUAGUGUACCAACGGAUAUGGGUGUACUUUGGAUGAAACAAUUAUAUACUUCUCGUGGAUGGACACCUACACAAAUCGAAAUGUUUUUCAAACUUCAUGUUGGACCAGCAGGGUUACGUGGUGGGUACGCUACUUAUGAAUCUGCAGUUCAUGGGUUUGGAUCGGUUGAACUACUUCGAGAGAUCAGAAAAGCAUCAGAACUUACACCCUUACCUCGCCCAGUUGGACCCAAACUGAAAUUCCACAAACACCUGACACGCGACAAACAACUAGGAUACCAUGUACCUUUUGUAUUUGCGGAUCCAUCUAUUGUACGACUCUCACAACAAUUAUUUUUGACGGGAUAUGCAACCACCAAGAACGACAGCAAGAAAGCUAGUAUGCCUCCAACAGUUCAAUUCACAGCCUAUUGUUUAUUACCUUCCUUAUGGGUAGCACUUGUCUAUUACUUGUAUGCAUUUGUCUUUAGCUUCCUUGCAUCAUCACCUUGGGGUCGUCAAUUGUUAUUACGCUAUCCGGAACAAUUCUCGGCAGGUGUAUUUUCUCGAGAUCAUCCAACACAAGAACAGCUACAACAAACCAGUUUUGAAAUCACCCUACGCAGCGAAGGUUAUCAAAGCCUAACCAUGGCCGGCAUUGAUCCCAAGACUACUCCUCUCAAUGCUGAACUCACCUCGGUUGUACGUGGUCCAGAACCUGGAUAUGCUGCUACUCCUAGGAUUACUUUACAGUGUGCAUUGACCUUACUACAAAAUCGUACCGGCAAUAUUCCUUAUGGUGUACUAACUCCUAGUGCUGCUUUUUGGAACACCAACUUGAUUGAACGAUUGGCCACUGUGGAUAUCACUUUUGAAGAAGUCUAUUAG